CUGAAGCCAUUUUCCGCCCCUGCUGUAGCUAUCAUGUUUGAUUCUCCCCUUUUCUAGGCGCAGUGGUUAAACCCCAUGUGACAAGGCAAACAAAGGCCUUUCUUUUUGCUUAGAGAGAGAGGAGAGAGGAGAAAAUAGUAGUAGCCGGGAACCACUGAACCACACCGAAGAAAGUGACUCGAACCAGACCCCCGAAAAUAACCCGGGACUCGGGACUCGGGACUCGGGAGAGGGCUUGGCGGGGUUCCGAACAGCUCAAGCCCUCAAGCCCUCAAGCCCUCCUCAAACCCAGCAGCGAGGGAGAGCCGUCUUUUUUCUUUUCCCUUUUUGUUGAUCAGAGCCCGCAUCAGAAUAGGAUCAAUUUCCCAUUAUCAUUCUUAUCCUUAUUAUCGGUAUUGUUUAUAUUCAAUAUUCAAUUUUAAUUAUAUUAUUAUUACUAUUAUUAUUAUUUUAUUAUCAUUCCUUUCAGCGCCCGGUUGUCCACGGGACGCACUGGGUUUGCUGGGAACCAACCAACGCAGGCGGAUCGGUCCCCGGUUGGCCAGCCCAGCCUUUUGCCUGCCUUUUGCCUGCGUUUUCCGCGCUGGUUCUCAGGCUCCAUAGUUACAUAUUAUUAAUAUUAUUAUUUGACUCGUUGGCUGCGGAGUCCAAUAUCAUAUCACGACAAUGGACGCGGCUAUACAGAAGUAUAUAAAUAAUAAUAAUAAUAAUAAUAAUAAUAAUAAUAAUAUAUUGUCCUCCUCCUCUCCGGGCGCCCCCCCCCCCCCCCCCACGCAACUAGAAACCAUAUCCCACUAUUCCUUUCUUGUAUUCUAUUAUUUCCUCAGACAAUUUAAAUUAAUUGAGUUAGCUAGUUCCCUUUCCUCUCUCGUCUCGUUCUUGAUAUCGGUGUGCAAACACUCCUAUAUAUAGAGUUCCUUGAUAUUACAGCUAUCAGCUAUCUAUCACCAAGCUUCCGCUCACCCCGCCGCCUUUCUUUCUCCCCCCCCCCACCAGUUAAUUCUCCCCCGAAAUCCGUCACCAUGGCUGAUGCAGACCGCGCCUCUACUCCUCCCGUGGGCCAGGAAAAGAUCAACACCGAUAUCAUCUCCCUCACACGCUUCCUGACAGAGGAGCAAUCGAAACACCCAGAAGCCACUGGCGAUUUCACCCUUCUCUGCCAUGCCCUCCAAUUCUCCUUCAAAUCCAUCUCAUACUACAUCCGCCGCGCCACCCUGAUCAACCUCACCGGUCUCGCAGGUUCCGCCAACACCACCGGUGACGACCAAAAGAAACUAGACGUCAUCGGCAAUGACCUCUUCAUUGCCGCAAUGCGCGGAUCCGGCAAGUGCCGCAUCCUCGUCUCCGAAGAAGAGGAGGAGGCCAUAAUCUUCGACGAGAGCCCCGAAGCCCGAUACGCCGUCGUCUGCGACCCCAUCGACGGCUCCUCCAACCUCGACGCCGGCGUCUCCGUCGGCACCAUCUUUGGCGUCUUCAAGCUGACCGACGAGGCCCUGGCCCCGAACUACACCGUCACCGCCAAGGACGUCCUCCGCCCUGGCACAGAACUCGUCGCCGCCGGUUUCACCAUGUACGGCGCCUCGGCUCAGCUCGUCAUCACAAUGAAGGGCGGCACGGUCAAUGGCUUCACCAUGGAUACCUCCCUGGGCGAGUUCAUCCUGACGCACCCCAACAUGCGCCUCCCCGCCAAGCGCGCCAUCUACAGCGUCAACGAGGGCAACUCCAUGUACUGGGAUGACUGGGUGCUCGAGUACUUCAAGGACCUGAAGUACCCGGCCUCCGGCAAGCCGUAUAGUUCUCGAUAUAUCGGUAGCAUGGUUGCGGACGCGUACCGGACACUGCUGUACGGAGGCGUCUUCGCCUACCCGGCGGACAAGAAGAGUCCCAAGGGGAAGCUGCGAAUCCUGUACGAGUGUGCGCCCAUGGCUCUCGUGUUUGAGAAUGCGGGCGGCCAGGCGCUUAAUUCGCACAUGGAAAGACUGCUUACCCUUGCUCCGGAGCAUAUCCAUGACCGUAGCGGGGUGUUCUUGGGCAGCUACGAUGAGGUUGAGAAGGUCAAAGAGUUCCAUCGGAAGCAUGCCAAGUAGGCUGAAUCUUGUUUUUGUUUUUGUGUUCUCUUUUCUUGCCUUCUUCCGGAUGGUUUAAUCCCAGCGUCAUCAACCUUUCCAUACUGUUUAUUGGAUCCACCCUCACUCCAUAUGUAUAUAUAUACAUAUAUCGCGUCAUCAUUGCGUACAGAGUGAGUUUUAAAAAAUCUAGCUAAAUUAGUUACUACUAUAUCAUCAUGUAAAUAGCAGAGAAAUACUGAGAUAUCCAGACCCACGUCCUCCUGUACUGUGUAAUUUUAUCCUAAAGUUCCUCCAUACUUACUGUACAUACAUCUGAGAGAUAUCCCCCGAGGGAACCCCUCCGACCCCUCGAAAUGUCAAAAGCCAACUAAGGUAACUAGUUCCCUUUUAGGAGGAGAAACUGAACCCCCACGCCGAGUUUCCGCAAGGGGAGUCCAAGAGUCAUCAGCCAGCCAGCGGAAUGGAAUGGGAUAACUAACUACGUAACUUCGUUACUUCCAUAGUUAAUCAUCGAAUUUUCCUAGCUUCGAUCUCCAACUGACCAAAUCAUUAUUGACUAACUUAUUAAGGCAUGAAUGCUGACUUAUUCCUGCUGCAUGAGAGCAUUGCUGAAUUUGAUUUUAUAACAUUCAGCAUUUUUCUCUUUCCCCUUCUUCUUCUUCUUCUUCUUCUUUUCUUUUCUUUUCCUUUUUUGGCACUGCUCUGAAUAGAGUUUGUUAUGCCGAUGCGCUCAACACACUAUACACCUUUCCUGCUCACUCAAAAUGUGUUUUUCAUUCUGGAGUUUCUUGGGCUUGCUUGUAAGAGGCAGAGGUGGCCAUGUCUGCCAUAUUCAGUUUGAAUAAUGGAUGGACCGGAAGAGUCCGGAUUGUCUGUCUGGGAAUGGAAAUGAGUGUUGGCUGGAUGCUCUAUCUGGGGCUACGUGACUUACAACACCUAGAAUGAACGGGCAACAGCAGAUCACAGAACAGCAUCAUGUGGCUUUCAUUCUGGCCGCCAUGACGGCAAUGACUGGUAAUAAUGAAUGUACGGAGUACGCUGUAUUAUUCUUACCAUCUGGGUAGUUACAGAGUUACUAGGUAUUGCUAUUACUAGCCCUCUGUCUUGCCGUUACCAUGGGGCAUACAGCGUACACUUUUUGCAAAGAAGUAGAUCGUUGGUGCCAACUCACUCAGGCUGAAAAAAACAUAUUAAACCUCAUUAAAAGGAUUGAUAGACAAGUUAGACUAGAUUAGUAAUAUGUGAAUACUGUGUGUGGUGUGGGGUGUGUGCUCCGC